AUGGAAGUAACUAGUGGUGCGGAAGAAGGCUUCGUGCGGGAAUGGACACCGUGUUCCCAUAUUUUGAGUCUGAUACCAGCUAAAAUCCAGAAUGGGAUAUUUUCCAAUGAGCUAUGCUUAACCUGCGUUGAUGCUGUGAGCGAGUACAUAGCUCUCGGGACGAAUGUCGGCUUGGUGUACUGGUACGACAGAAAAAAGGGAAACAUUCAGCGAUUGCGUUGCGAGGCUUCCACAUCUCCAAUUACGUAUGUAAAGAUAGUUAGCACAGUUGACUAUAUGGUAGGAGCUGGUAAUUUAGCAGGACAAGUAACAGUAUUCCAAAUCCCUAAGGAACAUCCCGAGAAUGUACCUGAUACAUUUAAACCAAAAGUGGAACCCAAAGUUGAAAGGUACACAAUAGGAGACUUACACAAAAGUAAAAUAACAUCAAUUGAAUGGUCCAAGAAUGGAAUGAGAUUAUUUUCCGGUGACAAAGAUGGAGUUAUCAUUAUGACUGAAAUAGAUUUUUAUAUGCAUCUAUGCAAAUCAUUGGAGAUCGUGAACGAAGAACACGAGAUUGUGCAGAUGAGCUAUUACCAAAACGCACUGCUCGUGUCCAGCACGUAUCGGAGCAUUCUAUGCGAGAGGAAGGAUAACCGCUGGCAAGUCAGCCAGUUGGGCAAGAAAGAUAGAAAGAGUUUGUGUGCGCUAGGUGCGGUAUUCCAAUACUCGUACGCGCAGGGCGGCGCGGCUAACGCUUACUGCGCGCGCGCAGGGUUAAGGCUGUGGCGAGCUGAUCGUUCGGGGAAUGUGCUACAGACACUUCUAUUUAAGGAGGCCAUAUCGAACCCGUUGACAGUGGCCGAAAUCCUUAAUCCAUCGCAGAAAAAGCAUUCGCACGCUGACAAGGAGUACAACUUUGGCCCGCUCCACGUCUUCCGGGAACAAUUUCUUGUCUCGCACAACGAACACUUUGUAUACAUUCUCGAUCCGAGGUCAUUGACCGCCGUCGCAGUGGUCGACGAUCUUAGACGAAUCCUGUCAGUGUCUGUGAACAAGGAGGAGAUAUUCAUCCUUGAGGGCGAGAGGUCCCUAGUGCGCCUGGCCCACAAACCGGAACCGGCAACUCUUGCGCAAGAUGAACCGAUGUCCAAAUCGCUCACGACUCUCCAACAAGCGGUGAACACGGUCUGCGACAUCACGCACAUAGACCAAACGGUGCCCUACAUCACCAGCGUGCUCGAACAGCCGAUCGCCAUGUUCACGCGAAACGAGACCAUAGACAACGUGCCGAAUGGAGAGGAGUGCUUCGAACUACCGCCCAUAAAGCACCUCCCGCGCGACAUAUCCGACAACGUUCUAGAAUCUAUUAUCAACGAGUUCAAGGACGUCUCGAGUGACGUGGAGGAGAUACGGAGGAAGGAGUCGGAGGAGGGACGCUGGGUCGGGGGGAGCACGCCCAGGAUGGCAACCCCUGUGCGAAGUAGAUCCAGAGACAUCAGCUACACCAGCCCCUGUGUAAUGAACGUUAGCAUUUAUGGAAACAAUCCUGAUCAAAACGACGAACAACUCGAGAAGCAAAUUGAAGAGAAAGAAAAGAUAUUAGCGAAGAUGCUCAACCUAGAAUCUCUUAGCAUGACAAGUUCAACGGAUGCUUUCAAAACAACUGACGAUCAACCAAAACAGACUAAAACUAAGAAUGACUUGCCGAUUGCAGACAAGGGGAUAAAGCCCAUAGACAAUGAGAAAUCUACAGAUAAGGUUUUGAGUAAGAAAGUGGAAAAGAUUAAUGACCUAGUUCCAAAAGUUGUACAAUUGCCCAAUAAUUGGAAUUUGGAGGGUAUAGAAUUGAGAAUGGAAAUCAAGAAAGGUAUGAGGGACGGUUUGAAUUUGAUCUCGCCAGAUGACCACUUGGACAGUGAGUGGGAGGUUAUUUAA